CGAAACAGUCGUGUUGUUGUGUGAGUGCUGGCCAGACUCCACCGCCUGGUUGGCUCAUGUGGAGAGGAUAUAGUCUUCGUUUAGCUUCCUCUACUGCAAUUAGUAGCUGCCGUACCAUCACACAGCGGGGCCAAGAUGCCUGGUGGCUUGGACAUCCGUAACCUUGUGGGAAGUGUCAUCAACGCCGUCAAGAGUCGAGCCAAUAAGGUGUGCGCCGCCACCUGCGAUGGUCUGAUUCUUAGGAUGCACUACCGCUGGACCUUCUGUAUCAUGCUUGGUGGAUUCUUCACCACCUGGUACUCCUGGUACCACCGUGACGUCAUUAGCUGUGUUUCACACUUCAACGCUGAGACCCAAGUGCGCCUCGAUUACAUAAACAUCUGCCUCUCGUAUCCCUACCUGGAGACCGAGGGAGGCAGGCGGUACAUAUUAUUCUAUCGAUGGAUAUCAUGGUCUUUCCUCAUCCUUGCCGCUGUAUACUACAUCCCCAGGAAGAUGUCUAAGACCUUCGAUAAUAGCAAAUGCAAGGCCCUGUUGGAAGAUUUGGCAACUAACUCUCACCGCUACGACCAAACAGAGGCUCAGCUGGUGGAGAGAGCAGCACGCUAUAUGAUAUUUAACCUCAGGACUCACAACGGACUCUACUGGAAGUACCUCUGUGUCAACCUCGUAGCUCUGUUGGUCGAUAUAUUUGCUAUGCAUUACUUGGACUUCAUCCUGCAGGGGCGGUUUAUCCAGUAUGGCAUCAAGUCUUAUCCAUUCAAUCGAGAUCCACAGACUUUCUCAGACUAUAUGUCACAAACAUUUCCUCCAUUUGCUUCCUGCGAGCUUUCCUCUGAGAACCAGUUGGUCAACAAACGAACCGAGAAGUUUGGUUGUCACCUGACAAUCAUGGAGUUGUAUGAAAAGGUGUUCUUAGCCCUGUGGGUGUGGCUGAUUGCGCUAUGUUUUUUCACAUGCUGCUACAUUAUCUUUCUCUUUAUGAUGUGGCUUCCUUGGGUGAGAGUGUUGAUGAUUCACACCGCCAGGCCAGUGAACGGCAGAGACAAGGUUAGAAUGAUUAGCAAAAAAGUGAUGAAAAAUUGUAAGAUAGGCGAUAUCUAUCUCCUAUAUCGUUUGAAACAGCAUCUAAGCCAUGUAAGGUUCUAUGAACUGUCAGUGCGCCUGUCUGAACUCAACCUCAACAGUGAACAAAGGCAGAAAGCUACACCAGAGACGCAACCAGAACGUCAAGAGAAAACGCCAAUUGAUGACAUGGUGACCACAACAAUAAGGAACAGACGAUCAGCCGUGACCUUGGAUCCGUCCAAGGAUCCCCAGUACUUGUAUCAGCUCCUGGGAAGUUCUGAAUCCCUGGAAAAAACUUUACAGACUUUAACUCAAGACAAAAUACAGACCAAGAAAAAUACAAGUAUCCUUAUCGAAUAACUGAGUGAUUUCCGUCUAAUGACAACGUUAAGAGAUUAAUCUAAUGAAAAUUUAAUCACGAGAAAUCGAAAUGUAGAUAUGCAGCCCCUGUGGAGUGAGAGAUAAUCAAAUUUGAUCUUGGGAUAACUCCAUUUCCUUGGACCAAGAGCACUAUCAUCCCAGUACCUCUCUUGAAGGAUUAAAUCUAGCGAAAAAGUGGAGAAGACUCUUGAAAACGUUUUGAAACCUUCACUAUAACGACUGUGAUACUCGACGAAGCUUGAAAACUACGGAGAAACGUGUUCUGAUUUAUCCUUCAUUAUUAUGUGACAUAUAAAAAUGUACUCUGGAUCGUUUUAUGCUAUGACUUAUAACAGUUUAGAAUGCUUCUCUGCAGCUUAGAUAAUUAUAUAUUUUAGUAAAUAAAAAUGAAAUAGACGACGA